AUUAUGUAAUCAUUGCUAAUAUUAAGGGUAGCAUGGGUCUUUUCAACAAGCCCAUCGUCAUCGACGGUAAAGAUCACCUCCUCGGACGUCUUGCAUCGAUCGUCGCGAAGCAGUUGCUUCAAGGCGAGAAAGUUGUCGUCUUGAGAUGCGAGGAAAUCAACAUCUCUGGAAAUUUCCACCGAUCAAAGCUGAAGUACAUGAGCUUCCUUCGCAAGAGAUGCAACAUCAACCCUGCUCGAGGUGCUUUCCAUUAUCGAUCACCAGGAAAGAUCUUCUGGAGGACAGUAAGAGGAAUGCUUCCCCACAAAACUCCUCAUGGCAACUUGGCCUUGAAGAAUCUCAGAGUCUACGAAGGUGUCCCUAACACAUACGAUCGCGUGAAGAAGAUGAAUGUUCCUAUCGCCAACAGGCAUCUAUGUUUGAGACCUCGACGCAAGUUCUGUUCGGUCGGAAGACUCUCCCAUGAGGUCGGGUGGAAGUAUCAGGAUGUUGUUGCCAAGCUCGAAGCUAAGAGGAAGGUCAAAGGAGCAGCUUAUCAUGAAAAGAAGAGAAAACUCGAGAAGCUGCACGAACAAGCGAAAAAGAAUGCUGCCGCAAAGAUCGCUCCUUAUCAGAAGAUUAUUGAGAGCUGUGGAUACAACUGA